UCAACACUGUCAAACGCAUCAUCCAAUAUGGUGGCAACAGAGGCAGCCUCCGUGCCAUUGCUUGCUUUUUCUACAGACGCCGAAGUUUGAUGUAAAGUGUUGUGCUCUGUACAUGUGCAAUUAAGGCUUUAUGAGCAAGGACCUCUUUCUAUGGUGAAGUUAACAAUUUCACGAUAUACAGGACAUCUACGGCGUAGGGUAGCUUAACUCGAUCGCCUCUGUAUAUCGGAAGAAACGCAGCCGGUAAUUCCAUCGGUCGAUUUUGUUGUAAAUUGUUUCUGGCCUUGUAGAACCGCACUAGUCAAAGUUCUCGUGAGGGUAAAACGCUCGAAACGGCGCAAGCGGUCUGAUGUGAUACACUGGCAUCAUUUAUAGCGAAAAAGGUAACAAAACGAGGGAUAAACCGGAAGAGACCGAUCCACAUUUGUUUCGCGGCCAGGCCAACAUAUCGGACCCCCCAGCCCUGUUAGAAGUGUGUCAAGAGUUAUGAAAGUGUGUUUUUGUGAACCGUAGUUUACAAACUAGAGGAACGGACUGUACGCAUUUGCUAGGCGUAUACGCAGAGGAAGUCGAUAAGCCCCGACAGCAAUGAAUCAACAACCGCCGUUAAACCGUAAACUGAUCCAGCGGACUGUGGAAUACCACGGCAAACCACUACAGAAAAUAUGGGAAUCCGAGCUUCAACCGAGCGAGUUGUACAAGCUCCUCGGUAUCGACAAUAGUUUGGAUUUUGGCGUUUACAAUGCGCGACAGAAAUACUUCACUCUCCAGGAACGAGCGAAGCGAUUAAAGCUACAACAGUUCAUAGUGCGAAAUGCGAACAUGCUGUACAGAUACCACCCAACCACUUCCGGGCAGCCGGAAUUUGAUUACAAACAAAGUAACCUUUUUGCCGUGCCACCGUUGGAUGCUUUCUUGGAUACGGAAGCAGCUGGAAGCGCCACUCAACUGCUGGAGACCGUACAACCAGGUGAUGUAGUGUAUGGCUCAAUAACUAUGUACAAACAUUUUGCUGGAGUUCUCUUUAGGCCAAUAUUUAUAAUCGGCAGCGUGACAUCUUACGUACGAAACAAAUCCAUCAAGGGUACUAUCGCGAAAAAAGAACUUGUCUGUCCAGAGCUUCGUCCUUCCAAAGGCUUUUUUUCAAACGAUCUCAUCUGUUGUGAAGUGAUCGAUGUCGCACCCGAUGUUCGUCGCCUCAAUUGUUCGAUGCUACGCACCCCCGAUAGUCGAGCACCGGAAUCGAUUGUAUACGGGCUGAUAAGCAAGGAAGAUAUGCCGGAACUUUACAACCUUACUUCGCAGCGAAUCGACCAAAGUUACGAGCAAUUUUUGGAAAAAUCACCCUCCUUUAAUGAUCCCACUUGCACCGAGCAAUUGUAUCAAUCGGUUGGACUAAACAGUAGCGAAUACUGUACGAAUAUGUCGAGUUUAAAGGGCAGGUAUCCGUCGCAGGAGUAUGCAGCAGAACUGCGCAAUUCGCAAAACAGUAAAUGGGCAUUCAGAUCGGUUGCUCAAGGAAUUGAGCAUUUCAAGGAAGGGCGCCAUGCCGAAGCCUUCCAGUGUCUCAACAAGGCGCUGAGCAUGGAUCCGCGCAAUGUGGAAGGUUUGGUCGCACGUGGAGCACUGUAUGCGAAUAGUGGAUCCUUCAAAAAGGCGGUGGAAGACUUUGAAGCUGCACUCAAGCUGAAUCCUUCGCAUGCAAACGCGCGUAAGUACAUGGGCGAAACGUUGGUAGCGUUGGGCCGUAGCUACGAGGAAGAAAAUCGCUUUGAGGAGGCAAAGAAAGCGUACCAAGAUUGCCUAAACAUUAUACCGCACCAUGAGGAGGCACAGAAUUCGCUCGAGUUUUUGAAAACGAAACCAUUCACCGGCAAACAGAUCGUGGAACCGACUGAACUGGAAUUGCCUACGUUAAAUAUUGUAAAACCAUCGUCCAGCGAUCGCAACAAGCAAGAACCGGACACAUCCGGUGUUGGAGGAAGCGGUUUGUUCGGUGGAGGCAGCAGCAAGCGAGAUAAUAACGAUGGUUCACGCAAGGAUCGUAAGAAAGAGAGCAAAAAGGAGCGCAAGAAACGGCACAAGAAGCACCACAGCAGCUCGAGUGACUCUAGCUCCGCUAGCUCGGACAGUAGCGAUUCGAGCAGUGACUCGAGCAGCAGCAGUAGCAGCGCAUCGUCGACCAGUUCCGAUUCAUCCAGCUCGCGCACUAAAAAACGCAAACGCUCGAAGAACGAUAAGAAACCGAAAUCCGUAUCGCCGCUGGGCAAACGUCUGAUGGCGGGUGGUCGCAGCGGUCCUGCAGCCGGCGAACUGGUCGGUUAUCCGAUCGGCGGUCAGAGCAGUGUGUUCGGACACGGUUCAAGCCACGCACAAUCGGGAAUGGAUGAUUACGAACAAAAGGUGCGCAAAUUUUUAGAAAUGCCGCGCGACGAAGAGAACUACGAGGAAAAGGUUCGUAGAUUUGUUGCCGAGGCAAACAAGUAUCAGAAGGAGCGCAAACAGAUGGAAGACAAAUCGAAGAAAAAGAAGAAGAAGGACGAAAAAAAGGCAAAGAAGGAAAGCAAGAAGAAGCGCAAAUCGGAUGAAAAGAAGAAAUCGAAGAAAAAGGACAAGGGUGGUGACGAUGAUGGACUAUCCGGCAAGGAUAAGCUUCGUGAAGCGUUGAAGAUUUUUGAAAACUUCCCUGUGCUCGAUGAACUGGGUUCGAAACUAUCCGUUGGUGGAUCGGUUGCAGAAGCUUUAUCCGCUCUACUUGGGGCCGGGUCUAGCAGCAGUGGAGGCGGUGUUGCCGGAAGUUCUCGAACUAAACCAACCGAUUUGCUGGAUCUGGAUCGAGCGGCAGCGGCUGGUGUUGACGAAAGUGGCAAGGACGGCAAAUGGCGCAUGAUGUUUAACAAGGAUAAACGCCCCACGAAGGAAGCGAUCCCAACGGCAGCCACGCUGGCAGCGGGCAUUUCACAGCAUCCGUUCAGUAAUGAGUCGGACGAAGAAUCAGUUGGUGGAAGCGCACCACCACCACCGUAUGGUGCUGUUGGUAAAACGCAGCAGCAUAAUGACCGCGGCCCUGGACGAUUUAGUAACCGAUACGAUGAUCGCGGUGCAGCGCCUGACAAGGGAAAACCAUCAACGACAUCACAGAUGCCACCGGUUAAGUCGGGACCGGUCGUGUUGGACAAAUUUGGAAACUUCCGUCUAGCGACAGCCGAUACCCCGAUCACUGCUAGCGGCUCGAAACCGCCCGAACCGACGGCUGCGCCUCCGUUGCGCCGAUCACGCAGUAAAUCGCGCGCACGUACUUACGGCAGUUCGCGGUCACGUUCUCGAUCGCGCAGCGAACGACGGCGGUCGCGGUCGGGCAGUUUCCGGCGAAGGUUCAGUCGAUCAAGAUCGCGCUCGUUCAGCCGAUCGCGCUCGGGCAGUUACUCGCGUAGCCGAUCGCGAUCGCGUAGCUUCGAACGUCGUCGCUUUGAUCGACGAAUUUACCGCGGCGGUCGGGGUGGAGGCGGUGGAGGCUAUGGCGGUGACCGGAUGGGUCCAUUUGGUGGAAAUCGGUUUAAUAAUUCACGUGGCCAUUACAGACGUGGUGGUUUCCGCGAUUUCAGGGACAAUCGGUUUGUAGGAAGUCGCGGUGGCAGCAGUGGCGGUGGAAUCGGUGGUGGUCGUGAUAGGCCCCCGUUCCGGCCACGGUAUCGCGGACGGUUUCAGCGUUCGUACAGUCGCAGCAUGAGCAAAUCGCCCGACCGCCGACCGGUCAGUCCUAGCGAUGAUCGUCCACGCCAUCACAACAGACGCGGCGAUAGCCGUGACAGAGGAACGGGAAGCCAACAUCAACGGGGCGGUGAUAGCCGGGAGCGCUCUUCGCCGUCCGGCCGGCGUGGCAGCAGUCGGGGAGAUAGUCGCGACAAUCAGCGUGAUCGAGACGGCAGUCGCGACCGCGAUCGCGACCAUCAUCGGCGCUCCGAGGGACGUGAUUCAUCAAAGAGAUCGAAGGAAGAUGUAAACUCGUCCGCCGCUGCCGGUGGUACUGCCACUGUAGCCGGUCGUGGCGAUGAUGCUGCGAACAACAGUUCACCGGAAGCAUCUCGUACCGAGAAAUCGCGACAACGCCGGUCAUCUUCCGCCGGCAGCCAGCGUUCUAGUGGAUCAACCAAAAUUCCACAUGAUAUUGAAGGACGCUGGGCCGACGACCGUGCGAACGAUAGUGAUCAAAAGAAGACACGGCGGCACGACAAUGCGGACGAAUCUGAAGAACCCGGCACGCAAUCCAACAAUGCUGCAAAGCCGGCUAUCACGGACGAUGUUUCGCUGGAGGAACUAGAGAAAAUGCUCUCUAAAGCACGCAAGGAGCGAAAAGAGGAAAUGUUGGAGCGCAACAAGGACUUGCUCAAAAAGACCGGUGGGUAUUGAAAUGUCGAGGGAAACAGGGAAAACGCUGUACGCGGACACCCAGUGUAGUGGUUAAUUUGAAAAGCGCAUUGCUGGUUAUAAAGAAGCUGUAUUAUUAUCAAAACACAAAAAUCAGAGCAAACUAAUAGGCAAACCACGGCCCAGCGCUGGUUUUGCAGAGGUAUAUUAAUCGGAAUGUUUAAGCUAACAUAGAAGGUCAAUAAUCUUAAACAUGAGCCAUUCGUUUCGGUAACGAACAGCAAACAAGUAGUUUACUUAUACUUUAAUGCACUCAUUUUAAUAAAGAACCAAAAUUUCAUUCAUAGCGUACAAAAA